AUGACUCCAGAAUCGGCACAGCAAAAUAUUCCACCAGCUCGCAAAGUUCUCGAAAUUCCAGAGCUAGUCGUGCAUUUAUUAAGACAUGUAUCGUUAAAUCCAAUAGAUUACAUUGCUCCGCUCAAUCAACAUUUUUGUACUAAAUAUAUACCGCGGAAAGUGCACUUGUUCUGGUUUAUACAUCUACGACAAAUAAGAAAUGCUUUAAAGAAUGCGCGUCUUUUAAAACCAAAGCUUAAUGAUGAGUCAAAGACGAUCUAA